CCAGGAGAGCAGAGCACCCAGGCAAAGAGAGAAGACAAGGGGUUACAAAUGAGAAGGCUGCGUCUGCGCACAGGUGGAAUAGGGGGGCUUCCGGGGCUACAGGGUCGGCAAAACGGCUGUGAUGCAAUCACGCAAGUCACCGCGUCAACGCGUGGAUCCCAGGAUGCGCACACCCCAGACCCCUGCAUCCAGCUGCGGUUAAUCCUGAGGGCGGCCGCCGCCACCCACUUGUCCCCCCUCCGCAGCAACCGCCCAGGGUCCCUGGCGAUCCCCGACCAUCGCGGCAAUUUCCGAGAUCUGCCGAGGCCAUGACACCGGCGGGCGGCCGCGGCGGCUGGGGCUGGGGUGGCGGCAAGGGAGGCGGCAAGGGAGGCGGCAAGGGAGGUGACUCUGGUUCGGGGGGCAAAGGAGGCUUUGGGGCGCGCACGCGCGGCUUCGGCGGCGGCGGCCGGGGCCGGGGCCGGGGGCGCGGCGGCGGUGGCGGCGGCGACGGCAGGGACCGCGGCGGCGGCGGGCAGCGGCGCGGCGGGCAGGCCAAGAACAAGAACCGCCGCAGGAAGGCCAUUGCCGUGUCGGUGGAGCCGCAUCGGCACGAGGGCGUGUUCAUUUACCGCGGCGCGGAGGACGCGCUGGUCACCCUGAACAUGGUACCGGGAGUCUCGGUGUACGGAGAGAAGCGCGUCACCGUGACGGAGAACGGCGAGAAGCAGGAGUACCGCACUUGGAACCCCUUCCGCUCCAAACUGGCCGCUGCCAUCCUGGGUGGCGUGGACCAGAUUCACAUCAAGCCCAAGUCCAAAGUACUGUAUCUGGGCGCCGCUUCGGGAACCACUGUCUCUCACGUCUCCGACAUCAUAGGCCCAGACGGCCUGGUCUACGCGGUUGAAUUUUCCCACCGCGCCGGCCGAGAUCUGGUCAACGUGGCCAAGAAACGCACCAACAUCAUCCCGGUACUGGAAGAUGCCCGGCACCCGCUCAAGUACCGCAUGCUCAUCGGAAUGGUAGACGUGAUCUUUGCCGACGUGGCCCAGCCGGACCAGUCCCGCAUCGUGGCGCUGAACGCCCACACCUUUCUGCGCAACGGAGGCCACUUUCUCAUUUCCAUCAAGGCCAACUGCAUCGACUCCACAGCGUCCGCGGAGGCUGUGUUUGCUUCCGAGGUGAAGAAGUUGCAACAGGAGAACUUGAAGCCACAGGAGCAGCUAACCCUGGAGCCCUAUGAGAGGGAUCACGCUGUGGUCGUCGGAGUCUACCGGCCCCCUCCCAAGAGCAGCAGCAAGUAGCAGCAACAGAAGACAGGGAAGGUGCCCUGCACUGCCACGAGACUCAGUUGUGUCUUUGUGCCUGUCCUAUUGUGUUGCUUUUCUAUUAAAUGAAAUAAACAAUUCCCAAGUGUACUACUGUGAGACCAGGCUGGCGUUUGCAGCUGCACGUUAAUUCACGGCCCAGUCUUGGUGGACUAAUUGUACAGGCCCCUUCAAGGAAAAACUUGAGAGUGGUGUCUAUUCUAAUAACCGCAGACCUUAGCUCCUUGGGGGUCCCAUUUUCAUACACGCAUCUUCUAAUCAUAGGAUCAGGAAAAAAAGAGCCUGGGGUUGCUGAUGAUCUUUGAAAUAUUUCCUAGGGAAGUGAGAAGGCACUGUCUGUUCCCACUGGUCAGGUCACAUGACCAAGGCUGAUUACAGGGGAGGGUACUGGAGGCUCAUCUACCUAUUCAAGCUGUCUGACUCAAAUCCAGACUCUUCCUGUGAGCGUACUCUCUUCUCCCUCCCUCCUCCCUCCCACCAUCUGUUGCCUCCCCCUUCUCUCUCUUC